AUGGGAUCAUGUUUAUCAACACGGAAAUCUGAUGAAAUUGUAUGGUUCGAAUUACCAUUUGAUGUAAGAAGAUUAUUAAUCGAUUCAAUGGAUUUUGAAACGAAAGCAAGAUUUUCACAAUGUUCAAUAGAUUGUUUGAAAGAAGUUAGCGAAACUCGAAAUUUUAUCGACGAAAUUGUUAUAGAUGGAGGUGGAAAAGGGGAACAUCGCAAUUUCUGUAUCACAGUGCUUUCAAAAACAGAAGACGCAUGGUUUUUUAAAAUCAAAAAAUUGGAAGAAAAUUGCAUUGUUAAUUGGGAAACAAAAAACAAUGAACUUAUUUCACAAAUAACAUUUGAAAAUCAAGAUAUUAUCGAAAUUCUUUUGAAAUAUUUUAAUGGAUUGGUGAAGAAAAAUACGAAAAGUUUGAAAACUAUUUGGAUUCCUAUGGUAAGUUUUAUAUUAUUAUUGUCUUGGUUCACAAUGUUUUUUUGCAGGACGAUUUUCCUUAUAAUCGAACAAAUAUCAACAAUUUGAAAUGUGUAAAUAUGAAAAGUUUGGUACUUUCAGAAAAUAAAUAUGAAAAAAUUGACCCGAUUUUGAGUGGAUUUGUGAACAUCGAUACAAUUUCUCGUUUUCAUUAUCAUAUCGAAUUUCCCAAUCUAACCCUCGAUGAUUUGUUCAAAUUAAGAUCAAUCAAGCGAACAUUAUCCAAUCCCAGAUUUUCAGUGGAUGAAUUCGACAAUUUUUUGCGACGUAUUUUGGUUGAAGAGGAAUCUGAUGAACAAAUUAAAAGAAUUGUGUUGAGUUUGAAAGAAAUUGCAAUUGAAAAUCAUGAUAUUUUAAUUCGAAUUGUCAAAAAAUAUACAAGGGAAGCUCGUAUAAAUUUCAUGGAAGGACAUUCGGAAUGGCAAAUUGUAUGGGCAUUUGUGCGAAGAUCAAAAAAGUGGAAACAUCGACAUCAUCGUAUUAUUCUGAACGAAGAUUGUUUUGAUUAUUCAAUGAUGUAUUCACCGAGUUAUCUAUGA